UAUUACAAUCUGUAUCUUUUUGCUGUCCGCGCAAAGCAUGGGAAUACGAGGAAUAGAGUCCAUUAAAGAUCUCUGUGACGAUGAAACUCUCCAAACUGAGAUUUGGCCGUUCCCCUCAAAUUAGGAAUGCUGCUACCUAGGCUGAUCUGAAUUGGAUCGGCGCUUUCUUUAGGACCGCUGCCUUGCGCCAUCCAUGCCUUUGUCAACGGUAAACGAUUAAAGUCCUAACUAGGAUGGCAGUCAACAAAGUGUUUUCGGAGGGAUGGCAACUUUUAACAACCCUCUUCUGGAUAACCGGAGACUCUUGCAAAAACUUGUAAUCAUGUUUUCCUUUAGCGUUAUAUGCGUAUCGAUGUUCUAUCUUUGGCUGGGAUGCUGCGAGUCGGACUUGUUGGACAGAUCAGAAAACUCACAGCCUAUACUUUUAACUGGAUGGUACAGAGAAAACAAAAAUAAGACCGUGCUGAGAGAAAUAUUAACGGCGCCUGGUUACGUGGUGGAGGGGAGCGUGGAUGUUAACAGCCAAGGAAAAGACUGGACCGCAACCCGGCGCCUUCCUCACGCUCUCAUCAUCGGAGUUAAGAAGGGAGGAACGAGAGCGCUUCUGGAGUUCCUGAGACUUCACCCGGAUAUCCGAGCUCUUGGUUCUGAACCACACUUCUUUGACAGGCACUACACACGUGGAAUCAGCUGGUACAGGAGUAUGAUGCCCAAAGCUCUCGAUGGCCAAAUCGUAAUGGAGAAGACCCCCAGAUAUUUUAUCACCCCGGAGACCCCGGCUCGCAUCCACGCCAUGUCACGGAACAUCAAGCUAAUCGUGGUGGUGCGGGACCCCAUCACCCGAGCCAUUUCAGACUACACCCAGAUUAUCUCCAAGACCCCAGAUAUCCCCAGUUUUGAGAGCCUGACGUUUAAGAACAGAUCCACGGAUCAGAUAGACUCUCUUUGGAGCCCGUUGUACAUCGGACUAUACGCCAAGCACUUGGAGCGAUGGUUGGCCCACUUUCCGCUCACCCAGAUUCAUUUCGUCCACGGCGAAAGGCUGAUAAGUGACCCGGCGGGCGAACUGGGACGCGUGCAAGAUUUUCUCGGUUUGCAAAGGAUCAUUACAGACAAACACUUUUACUUUAACAAGACAAAAGGGUUUCCAUGCCUCAAAAAGCCAGAGGGCAGUAGCAAACCCCACUGUUUGGGGCAAACCAAAGGAAGAACUCACCCUAAAAUUGACCCAGAGGUAAUUCGUAAACUUAGGGAUUUUUACCAGCCACAUAAUCUUAAAUUUUAUCAAAUGGCAGGCAUGGAUUUUGGAUGGCAAUGAGUGUUUCUAAGCAUAAACACAUAUGCAAAACAUAUGCAGUUGACAUUGACAUUACAUCUUUACUCAUGACCUGAGUUUCUUCUGUGUUAGGUACAGAAGCUGAUUGUCUAGAUUGGUCUAGUUUUCUGAGUUUAGAAGCACGGAGGCUAGUGUUCAUGGAACAGCAAAAAUGAUGAAGUG